AUGUCGGGUGAAGUAACCAAAACCGCUAAGGAACCUUUUGUUCCCAAAUAUGAAAUAGCAACAGGUCUUCACAAAGGUCGUAAAGUGGAAAAAUUUGUAUCCAAACGUGUUCGACCAACACGCCGUGUUAAUAAAAAAAGCAAACGAGUUAAAUUCGUUCGUGAUCUCGUACGUGAACUUGUUGGUUUUAUGCCAUACGAACGACGAGCUAUGGAAUUGAUGAAAGUUGGUCGUGAUAAACGUGCAUUCAAAUACGUCAAAGCACGUUUGGGUAGCCAUCAACGAGCCAAAAAGAAACGUGAUGAACUCCAAGCAGCUAUUCUUGCUCAACGCAAAGCUCAUAAAUAA